AUGCACGCCUACCUCGGCCUCGCCCUAACCAUCACUCCAAUCCUCAUCCUCUCCCUCAUCAUAACCAUCGGCCGCAUCUUAAACCGCAAGCGAUUCUCCAAGGCCGAUAUCCACGAUCUCGAAGUUAAUUCUUCUGAUUCCGAAAAAGAAGAUGAUGCUACUACCAAUAACUUCACCACUGCUGCCACUUCCACAAUGAUGCCUUCAAGACCUGCGAGAGCUGUGCUUGCACCUGAACGGAUCCAGUAG